CAAGCGACGAACAGCGGCAAGACAGAAAUCCUCGACAUCGAUAGCCUCAAGAUACACUAUGCCGGCCACAGAGUCAAACUUCAAGCGCUUCGUCGAGGUUGGACGGGUUGUCCUCCUCAAGUCCGGUCCUCAAGAAGGUCGCAUCGCCGUUAUUGCUGAGGUCAUCGACCACAACCGGGCAAUCAUCGACGGCCCAACAACUGGCGUCCCCCGCCAAUCCGCGCCCUACCGUCACCUGACCCUCAUUCCCCUCCGCCUUACCAAGCUCCCCCGUGCGGCCGGCUCUGGUGCCAUCAGGAAACAGCUAGAGAAGGAGGGCAUUGUUGAAAAGUGGGAGAAGUCGAGUUUCGCCCAGCGUCGCACCGCCGUCGCAAAGAGGCGGUCACUCACCGACUUCCAGCGCUUCGUUGUCAUGGUCGCGAAGAAGCAGCGGGCGGACCGUGUGCGCAAGGCUGUCCGUGCCGCCAAGAAGGCAUAAGCCGCCUUUCCGGUGUCGAGGAGACUUUCUGGGUCCUGCGCUGGAGCAUGAGGGGAGGGCUGCUUGCUCUGCAUUACCGCGCGGGAGUUGAGUCAAAAUUGCUUGGCCGCGGCUCGCCAUACCCUUGUCAUAUCCGUUUUGCAUGUUCACUAUGCAUUCUAUAAACACGUCAUGCCGCAUGUAUAAUUCCUUCUAAGUGAUCUCGCUUGCGGCGAUGAGUGAAUCUAACUUCGC